AUGACACAAGCCCAAGCGUUGUUUACAAACAUAAUUGAAUGCAUGGUAUUUUAUGAAUACUUACUACUGAUAUUAUACAUUCGGUGGUUGGUGUACAUCAUAAACGAACAAAUCCCGCAAAGACACUCGACCAUAAGUAUCUUCAGAGAUAUGUAUUUGGAAGUUACAGAAUGCUUGAACGAUAUCAAUAGAUCAAUAUACGGUUUACCGGUCAUAUGGAGUAUUAUUGGGGCAAAUGUUGGUCAAGUGGUGAUUACGCUGUAUUAUGGUGUACUUUUUCCUUUAUCAGAUACAACUGGAUAUGUAGCAUAUUAUAUUAUUAUAACGAUAUUAAUAAAACUAUUCAAUGUUAUACUAUUAUACGGAAUUGGUGAUGCCACGGAGAAAGAGAUAAAUCGAAUGAGCCUUGUCUUAAACCAACGGUCAUUGAUAGAAAGAAACCCAAGAAUAAAACGUCAGAUUAAAUUUUUUAUGCUACGAAGACUGCGCGAACACUAUCAUUUUAAGGUGUUUGGAAUAUGUAAAGUUAAUCAAAUACAAUUACUUAUUUUAUUGAAUAAAGCAGUUGGUUACUUUGUUGUACAACAUAUUUUGUUCAAAUUGAAUAGAAUU